CCAAAUUAUUAUUAACGAAACCAAUGACCUCUUCAACUCUCUAAUCUCGUCAUAUAAAUACCACACUCAGGCACACCAUCACUGCCAUCAAGCUUGAGAUCGAGAUUGAUUGAGAAUUAAUCACCCAGAAAUGGCCAGAAAGAGAAAGACCAUUGAUGUUGAAGAAGCAGGGGAAGAGAAGAGUGGCAAUCAGGGAAGCAUGGGAUGGGAGGAGGCGGUGAAGGAGGCUGCCGCGCUGGGAGGCCUCCACCGAGCCCGGAAGCGAUUCGUCGGGGUCCGGCAGCGGCCUUCGGGGCGGUGGGUGGCGGAGAUAAAAGACACCAUACAGAAGAUAAGGGUGUGGCUUGGCACUUUUGACACUGCAGAAGAAGCAGCAAGAGCCUAUGAUGAAGCUGCUUGCUUGCUUAGAGGAGCCAACACCCGAACAAAUUUCUGGCCUUGUCAAUCUCAAUCCAACUCUUCCACUCCUGCUCUUUCCUCAAAAAUCACCAAUCUCCUCCUUCAAAGGCUCCAAGCAAGAAAUAACCAAAUCCAUAACUCGCUGCCUUCUGCUUCCUCCUUCUCCUCUGUUUCUUCUCUGCUCAUCAAUCAGCAACAGAACCAAGAAGUAGAGGAAAAAACACAGUUUUCAAUGGACCAGUUUACCGACUUUCUUAAUGAUCCUGAUGAUUACACCACAACAAGCAAUAACAACGAACAGUUUGAUUUCCUUACUCGUAGUUUCGAGUCGUGUUUGACAGAGAACGAUGAGCGCAAGGAAAGAGCAGAGAUGAUUGGCCAUUCAGGAGAGGAGAAAGAGGAAGAAAGCGGUAGUGAGGUUGUUAUGGGGUUGCAGGAUUUUGAGUUUCUCGACAGCGCUGUGCCAUCCUCAUGGUGCUCCUAUUCGCCAUUCGAGAUGGCUCGAGGAAUGGAGGAGGAGGAGGAAGAGGAAGAGGGAGAGAGCUAUGGUGGGGAUGAGCCUUGUAUGCUGAGAGCGGCCAUGAAGAGGAUGAAGUAUGAGAGGAAGUUCUCUGCUUCUCUCUAUGCUUUCAAUGGGAUAUCAGAAUGCUUGAAGUUGAAAUUUGGAUCGUCAAACUUGAAGGGAAGAUCAAUUUCUGAACAACUAUCUAAUCUCCAGAUGGCGUGUUCCAGUAACGACAAAAUUGAGAAUAAGAACAUCAACACCAAAGACGAAGAAGAAAGCCCACAAGCAUCAAUUGAUAUUUCUGACCAUUCUUCUUCUUCUUCUUCUUCUUCCUCUGGUGAUGAUAAUGAAUUGAUUUGGAAUUCACUGGAUCUUCCUCCGAUCUGCUUUGUUAGCUAAUUGCUGAUACUUCAGAUAUGUAUGUUCAAGCGAUAUAGAAUGAAAUGUGCGAGUGGAAUGAGUACUAUUUUCAGGCUGCUGAAGAAUGUCUACUUAAUUAGUGGUAUUCAUUUCUGGUGCUUCUUCAAACAAAUAUGCAUGCUGUGGUAAGCGAUGUAGAAUGAAAUGUUAAACUUUAUAGUAACUGGCUAAUUGGAAUGACUUCCAUUUUCUAGCAACCCAAGACCCAUGUGUUUAGCAUGUGGCUUGUAAUUCAUUAGU